AUGCCCGGGGGCUUUGCGGGCCUCUGGAGCCCCCAGGGCGCGGGCGCGCCUGCAAACACCACUGCCGCUUUGGGGAACGCGAUGGCGAAUCAGCCUGCGGGGUCGAGUGCAGGGGUGAUCGGACCUGCCGUGGAUCAGGCUGCCCAGGGGCCAGCCGGCGCGCUUUUCAACUCAGCCGGCGGAAUGUACAUGGACAUGGACACCUAUCUCGCGUAUGCGUACCAGCAGUACACGAACCACUACUAUGGCAUUGCGCGGCAAACGGCGCCUCCGGAGAUCGCGAUGCAGCAGGCACGGGAGUGCGUCGAGAAGUUGAAGGCCAGCGGUUUCUUUGAUUUGGUGAAGACCCGGUAUCAGGCGACGCUCGCUGCGGCCGCGACCGGUGUGAGUCCACAGGGAACCCCCGCGCCUGCCCCCAUGCCGGAUUCGACGGCGGCUCCCAGUGCCGCGGCCCCUCUCCCGCCAUCGAGUCAGGCACCGCAAGGAAGUCACCAGCAGAGGGGAUCUCAAGGGCGCGUCGCGUUUUCCCUCAAGUUGAAGACGCGUGGCGGCCCCGAAGGACACGCCGCUGCGCCUCCGGCUUCGGCGGCGUCGGUCCCGUCCACUGCGAGUUCAGGGAGCGCGUCGACGACGACUUCAGGCGGUCCAGGCCUCAACGCAGCGGCGGUCUCUCCGGUCCCCGGAGUCCCCGGCCCGGCACCGCCAGGCGCGUGUCCGCCGACUGUCGGAGGCGUCGCCGACGCUUCGGGGCCUGGAGCCGGAGCGCCUUGGCCAGGCGCGGCGAUUCCCACGUCUUCGCUGCCGAGCUACGGCGCGUACUACCAGCAAAUGGUGCAGGCGCAGCAACAGGCGUAUCUCCACAUGUACCAGCAAGGACAGAUGCAGCCGGCGAUGCCCUCAGUUCAGCUUCCGUCCCAACCGUCCCCGUACGCCUCAGGCAACCCAAGCAUGUCCAACAUGUACAAUGCGCCUCCGAUGUACCCAGGCGGUCCCGUGACGAGCUCGCCGCCGCCUCCGCCGCCUCCGCUUCCUGCAGGCACUGUCUCGUCGUUUUCGGGCGGAGGCGGCGGGCCUGGCCCUGGCGGGCAUGCGCGAAUUGAGAGCGCCGUAGAAGCUGCUGCGAAGGCUGCAGCGGCCGCCGUCGAAGCGAAGCAUCGCAGCGGCCAGGGACAGCCUGCGGGCGCCGGCGCCUUCGACAUUGCGAGUGCGCGCGACCAGGCUCUGAAGCGCGCAGCCGAGAUCACCAAGGACAUCGAGGAACGGCGGAAGCAACAGCUCUUGUCGACCCAGGCGUUCUCCCUCUGGCUGCAAAAGGUCCACUCCACUCACUUGAUGGGCGACAAAGGCCUCGAGUGGCGGCGGACGGUCAAUCUCUUCAGUCAAAAAAUGACAAACGACUACCGACUGGGCCUCCUCGGCGGCAGAGACUGGGCCACGCAUCCCGUCCCGUCCGAGGACGAGAUUCAGAGUGAGGUGGUGAAACUCAAUUUCCAGAUGAGCAGCCACGAGCGUUCCGGGAAACCGAGUCUCGGCAGUGACCGAGGCACUUCGAUGACUGCCGAUCCGUACGCAUCGGGCACCGGCGGAGGCUCGGGGCGACAUACCCGGCGCGACUCUGAGGGCGUCCGAGACAGCCGCAGUCGGAGUCGGAGCCCGGUCUACGGCGCCUCGAGUUUUCGGCACGGGCGAAACGAACGAAACGCGUACCGCCACCGCCAGAGCCAGCUGAGCCCCUCGAACGGCCGGAGAGAUCGAGACGACCGACCGGACGACGCGCGAAGUCUCUCUGAGGUGGACGGUCGCGGGAGAAAAGGCGACGAGGACUACAUCUCGCUCACCGACAAGUGGGACCGGGGUCUAGGGAAGUCGCGUUCGAAGGCGCGCCAAGUGCAACUCCUGCGGCGAGACGGACGAGGCGAGCGGGGAAGCGCCGGCGACGAGAGAAAGGAGGCUCCGGUGAUGCUCAUCAAAUGCACGCCCCAAGAGGAACAGAAGCGGCUGCAGCGGAUGAAUCGAUUCGGCCCCGGCCCGAGCUCCGGCUCCAGUGCGCCUCCCGGCAAGGAAAACCCGCUGUGGAAAGUUUCGUGGACAGCAGACGGUUCAGCGUCGCCCUCGGCAGGAUCUGGAGGAGGCGGCGGGCUGUCUUGGCAGCAGAAGCUGGCCAUUGCAAAAAGCACAGAGAAAAUCAUUGGCACGAGCACUGCUCUGGAGAAGAAUUACCUGCGACUCACCAACGCACCUGAUCCUGCCACGGUUCGUCCGCCGGAAGUUCUCCGUCGGUCGUUCGAGUUGAUUUUGCAAAAACACCGCGAAGGCGCUUCCUGGCGGUACGUGGAGGAGCAGUUCCGGAGCAUGCGGCAAGACUUGACAGUGCAGGGCGUGAAGGACGAGUUCUCCAGGAAGGUGUACGAGACCAACGGACGACUCGCUUUGAGUUACCACGAUCUGGGGCAGUUCAACCAGUGUCAGACGCAGCUGCGCGAUCUCUACAAGCGCCUCCAAGUCGCUGAGGACGAUCCGGAGCGGCUUGAGUACCUCUGCUAUCGCUUGGUCUACAUGGCCCUUCAGGGAAUGCGUCUAGACGUUCUGCGAGUGAUGUCGGAAAUGACAGCUGCGGAGCGAAGCAAUUCGAAUGUCGUCUACGCGAUGAAGGUGCGGCGGGCGCUAGCUGAUGGGAACUUCCGUCGCUACUUCUACCUCGCCUCCAUCGGACCGCACCAAACGAGGCAUUUGUGUGAAAUCUUCGAGCCUCGCGUGCGCAUGCUUGCCCUCGUUACACUCGCCAAAGCGUCUCUCGUGCUGCAGCCGAAGCAGUUGCAAGAAGAACUGAACUUCUCAGACCUCGAGGAGACGCUGGAUUUUCUGCGCCGCGAGGGGGCCGUCUUCAAUGCGGACGGGAAGCUCGACAGCAAGCGGAGCCUCGUGAACUUCGAGAAAUCGAGUCUCCUUUCAAAGAAAGUCAAGGCCAUGGGAUGA